AACGAGGGGAGGUGCUCUGUUCAGAGUUUUGAUGCCGCUGUGACUCAGCACAAAGUUUCUUGUAAAAGCUGCUCUUUCUUUCUCAGGACUCAAUCGUUCUCUCUCUCUCUCUCUCUCUCUCUCUCUCUCUCUCCGCCCGUCUGCUCUGGUCUGGGACACACAUCUUUUUGUUCUGUGGGAUCAGUUCUUCGUUGACAUGCUCCUCGUGCUCUUUGUUGCGUGUUGGCUCCAGGUGUGGACAGGUGUAGCUGGUUAUACAGCCGGAGCUCCAGUCGGCAGGUGUGGGGACAUGACCCCUGGACAUAACGUCACCUCGCAGACGAGCCCCUCACCUUACACCAUCAAAGUCAGCAACACCACCUUCAGCACCAACCAGACGAUCAAAGUGAUGAUCCAGGGCCCGGUGUACAUUGGUUUGCUCCUGCAGGCCCGAUCAGGAUCCAACCCAAUCGCUGUGGGGACCUGGGGUACUCCUCCAUCUAACACCCAGCACUUAGCGUGCUCAGGAAACAGCCAAAGUGCCAUCACACACUCCAACAUAAACAUUAAGAACAACGAGACGACCUACACAUGGAUUCCUCCAGAUUCAGUAAACUCCGCCUUCAUCACGGCCACCGUAGUUACAAAUAAAACCACUUUCUGGAUAAACCUCAAAUCUGAGACACUGAACAGAGGUGGAGGAAAUAAUGCAGCAGCUGAUCCUAAGGUGGCUGUGACCCCUGUUCUGUUCCUCAUGUUGAUGUCCACGGUGUUCCAAUCGUUCAUCGAUGCUCCAUCAACGACCUCCCGUUAGCCGCGUCCCAGUUAGCGUGCUAAUCAGUGUUUAAUUGACCAGUGUUCCUCACGUUUAUACGCCGUAGCAGGAUUCCUGGAUCUCUUUUUAUCUGCAGUGAAGUAUGAAAUGAAGCUUUGGAAUAAAUAAAUGUAAGGUUUGAUUUAAAAA